ACAAGGCUGUGGAGUAUGACAGAUGAAACGGGUGGAUGUGAGCAGGGGGUGGGGUCACCACCCAGACCAGAACCAAGCUCCUUCACACACCCUCAACAGCAGAGGAUGAAAAGAGCAAAGAUGGAUUCUCACAUCAGAGGGUCCUUGUGGAUGUUCCUUGUCCUUCUCACAUUACCACGCCUUACCUGUAACACACUGUGCCCAAUGAGCUGUCUGUGCAAUUCUUCAGGUGCUGUGAAGUGUGUUGGCUUCAUGAUCACCGAUAUACCAAAGCAAUUGCCCAACAAAACAUACCUGCUGCAGCUCAACGACACAAAAAUGCAUACAAUACAUGAGCAGAGCCUGGCCAACCUAGAUCUCAUGCUGCGCUUUAGUCUGACUCACAGCCAUCUAUACACUAUCCACCCACUGGCCUUCCAUGUGGUUCCAAAGCUCAGGUCUGUGAAGUUAUCAUCCAACAAUCUGUCAGUAAUUCCUGCUCAAGUUUUUACUCCACUGACAGAUCUGGAGCAGCUUCAUUUAGAUGGUAACCAGUUGAAGACCCUUGCUCCAGAUAUGCUGGAGGGUCUUACUGGACUGAAAGAACUAGAUCUGAGUCGCAACCAACUGUCUAGUCCCACCUCUGAUAUAUUCAAUGGACUCGGCAACCUCACCUUUUUGAACCUGGGCAGAAACGGUAUUAAAAAGCUCCCACGUACCAUCUUUCAGUCUUUGACUCAACUUCGCCAGCUCUCAUUGUAUUACAAUGAACUAGAGACACUUGAACCUGGGAUGUUUGAUACUCUUGUUAACCUUGAGGAACUCAAAAUCCACCAAAACCAUAUUACCAGCCUUCCUCCUGAGGUGUUUUGGUCACUGAGGAAGCUAAAGAUUCUCACCCUGUCAGCAAACCAACUUCAAGCCAUCCCAGAAAAGUGCUUCUAUCACAUGCCCAAGCUGACACAGCUCACACUGUACAAAAACCCCCUGUUAUCUCUACCCGAACAACUGAUGGGUCACAUGCCUGAUAUGCGAGAAUUCUAUUUGUUCGAGACCAAUCUCACUACUGUUCCAGGAAAUUUUUUUGUCAACAUGUCUGGCUUACAGGUGCUUAACUUCCAUUUAAACAAAAAGCUUAGGGAGUUACCUUCUGAGCUUUUCUGCUGUAUUCCAAACCUCAGAAAACUUUCACUGAGGUCCAAUGACCUUGAGUACCUACCACCACAUAUGUUCUCUAAGCUAACCACUCUGAGCAUACUGCUUCUCAAUGACAAUAAGCUCAAAAACCUACCUGAAAAUAUCUUUCAGGGCCUUCAGGCACUAUCAACGCUCGAUUUGAAGAAUAACACACUGAAAACUCUUUCAGGGAAUAUUUUCUUGUCAAAUACAGGUUUGAAGGUUCUUAAUCUAAGUGAAAACCCCUGGGACUGCACUUGUAGUAUCCGGGGUAUGGCGAGUUGGAUUAAACUUAAUCAGCAUCUAAUUCCUGACAGAGAGGAAGUGUUUUGUCACAGUCCACUCUACCAGAUGCUUCGACCACUCCAUUCUCUACAGGAUUCAGAGUUCAACAGUUGUGAUACUUCAACAGUCAAAAUUGAUUUUCGUUCCCAUAAAGAUUUUGAUGAGACAACACAGGCAUUUCGCACCUUUAUUACAGAACCACUGCCAACUACAACAGCAGCAAUAGCUCAAACAAGUAAUCAACAACAUGCAGUUCCAGUGACCACUGCUCCUAUGACACCAACCACAUCUCAUGUCCCAUCAUUGUCAACAUCUCUCCACACUCACACCACUGCUGGACCCACUGGGGAGUUGGUUUUUAACACAGAGACUCCCUUAGAUUUUCACAUAUCACCUCCUUUCUAUGACAAAGUGGUGCUUGAACAGGGGCCUGAGUUUGUUCACCACAGCCUUCAUGGGGGCUGGGUCUAUGUGUGGUUUCUGCGCUCAGAUGCAGCCUUGACAGGGUUGUUCAUGUUUUGUCACAUCCUGCUUGUGGUCACAGGCUUGUGUCUCAUUCUUGCUGCCAUGUAUGGCAUGUAUCGCCUCAACAACACAAUGGAUGACUUAAUGGCUGAAUGUGCACAAAUUUAAGAGUAACAAAGCAUGUUAUCAGUGUUGUGCUGCAUUGCAGACCAAGAUAAGCUGUUCUUUUCCAGAAGUUGCAGUUUUAAAAAGAUUAUUGAGUGGUGUGAGAGUUCAGACUGUGCUGGAAACUGGUUUUUUUUUUUUUUUUGCAGAGGAUUUGUUCAGCUGAGGAGGAAGGGAGGACAUAAAAGACAGCCUCAAAAACUCACUGUCUCUCAGUCAAACAUCAGCUACUACUGGAGGGAAAUAAUGGACCCACCACUUGCUCUUCAUCUGAUCCUACUUCUUGGUUCCUUCAGUACUGUUUGGACAUGUCCAGAUGGAUGCUUAUGCCAAGGACCCAAAGUCCUCUGCAGUGGACUCAGAGACUUUCCCAGGAAUCUGCCCUCAUCUACCACUGCCCUUUACUUCUCCAACUGCAGCAUCUACUCUGUUGAAGCAGGGGACCUGAAUGAUUUUGCUAAUGCUCUCACCAUAUUUGUGAUUAAAGACACUGCACUGAAGGAAGUGCGCCCCAACACAUUUGAGUCCACUCCAAACAUUGGUGCCUUAGGGUUUACUGGUACUGAACUGCAAGAUCUCCCUGAGACUUUGUUCCAAAACCUUAAAAAACUUGAGACUCUGCAUCUGAAGAGCAACAAGCUUUUGGUUCUCCGCCCAAACUGGUUUUCCCCUUUGCCAGGUCUGAAAAUGCUUUACCUUAGUGAGAAUCUUUUUACUUCUAUCCCUGGGGAAACAUUUCAAACUCUUACUGAGCUACAGUACCUUUUUCUUGCUGAAAACAAUAUAAGUCGAAUAUCUAGAGAGUCAUUCAAGGGUCUUCGUAAUCUUAGAACCUUACGGAUAAACAGAAACUCAUUAAGGGAAAUUCCAGAUGGAUGUUUUGAUGACCUUGAAAACCUAGAGGAGCUAUCUCUUCAAGACAAUCUAAUUACUCAUCUUCAACAGGACCUGUUCUCCAAGACUCCAAAACUUCAGAAGCUGUUCCUCUCCCACAACAGGCUCACAUCUCUUCCACAUGGGAUCUUCUUGAAUCUGCCACUCCUUUCCCAGAUAUCCCUGUAUGAGAACCAGCUGGAGAGUCUGGGUCCAGGUGUCUUUGGUCCGAUGCCCCUUAGGGAGCUGUGGCUAUACGAUAACAAGCUAAGCCGUGUGGAAGAUGAUACGUUCAGGAACCUGACUCAGUUGCAGCUUCUGGUGCUCAGUCGCAAUCAAAUCAGUUAUGUAUCCACCGGGGCCUUUCGAGGGUUGGAGCAGCUGGAAGAGGUAUCGCUACACACAAAUUUGCUAACAAGUCUACAAGGUGGAACUUUCCAAGGUCUGCCCAGACUGGUCAACAUUUCCCUGGAGCACAACUUCAUCAGCACCUUGCCUCCAGGUUUCCUCCGGGAUGUGAGGUACUUGGGUCAGAUAGACCUGCGAAACAACUCGCUUCCCAACCUGCCACAGGAGACUCUCAAUGCCUUCUCUGUGGUAAAUGAGAUGUUGCUGCAGCAGAACCCCUGGAGAUGUGACAAGGAUAUUGUGCCACUUAGGGACUGGCUAAAAAAGAAUCCAUCAAAAACCAACCAAACUCUGGUGGUGUGUGAUGCACCAUUCAGCCUGAGUGGUGAGGUGGUCGCUCUGCUGUCAGAUGAGAUCCUGAUGCCAUUGAGUUCUACCCAGGAGCCUGUGACCUCAACAGGGAAGCGGAGGAAGCCCAAUACCCCUCCGUCCAGACGAAGCACUUCAUCACCUGCUGUCAAAACCACGCCUAUGCCAGAACCGGAAGAAGUCACUAGCGGUGGACAGAGCGAAGGGGAAACUAUGCCUAAUAAUACUUCAGUCUUCCUCAUCAUCAUAGCCGUAGUGGCCACAGUCAUUAUUUGCACUAUAAUUAUCAGUUGCAUGUGCUGGAGGAGAAAUAAGAGAGGCAGGGGGAAUAUAGGCCACAGGAAUAAAAAUUCAGUCUGCUGGCCGACAGUGAUAGAGAAGAUAACUAACCUGACUGUGGUUGUUUUGUCUCUUCACUGCUUUAACAACGUUCUCUUUCACCUCUGGGAAAAUAAUCAGAGGAUAAUCAUGUCAAGAGGAGAAAUCAUCCUUUUUUUUCUGUGGUUAUUGUUUGAGUCAUCUUUAACUCAAAAUAAAUGUGAAAAAGAAACGGAUUGCCUCAAACCCAACCAGGAAAUUUUUGGGUCAUCUGCAACAGAAAUCCCACACACUUUUAGAUCAGGUGUGACAGAAGUUUUUUUUCUGGACUGCCAGAUCAAAACAAUCCCCAACGGUGCCUUUACUGGAAGCUCCCACCUAGAAAAGGUAUACUUCCUGAACACUGAAAUAACAUCUAUUGAGCUGGGAGCUUUUGAUGGUUUGGAUGACCUCAAGGAUCUUGAGAUCUCCAGCAAUGAGCUAUUGUCAGCAAUUCCAGUGGGAGUCUUCAAAGGCCUUGGCAACCUGGAGAAGCUUAUAUUAAAGCUCAACAAGCUCCAGAAUCUGGAGAAGGGCUUAUUUAAUGGCCUCACGAAAGUCAGAGAGCUUCAGUUACAUGGCAAUGAGAUCAAAUCCAUUGAAGAUGGGACAUUUGAGGGUCUUGAUAACCUGCUACUCCUUCAUUUAGCCAAAAACAAUCUCUCUGCUGUAUCUACUGACUGGUUUGCAAAUCUUGGGAAGCUACAGAAACUACGUCUUUAUGAAAAUCAGCUGACCACCAUUCCUGAAGACAUUUUUCAAAAUUUACCAAAUCUGAAGGAAAUCGCCUUAUCCACAAACAAAAUCACAGAACUAUCCCCCAAUCAAUUUCCUCAUAAACAGAAACUUGUUAUUCUCUCUUUGGACAAUAAUCUUCUGACCACUUUUCCUCAAGAAUUUUUUGUUGGCUUCCCACAGCUUAAAACGCUGACCCUUCACAAAAAUCAACUGACUAGCCUACCACCAGUGCUUUUUGGAGAAAUGCCCAAAUUAAUUGACAUAAACUUCAGCCAAAACAAACUCAGCACUCUUCCUAAAGGAAUAUUUGCUCCCCUAAAGAAACUGAAGAAGCUAGAUCUAUCUAAAAACCAAUUUGCCACUUUGUUUCCUGAGUACUUUGAAGGAGCUCAGACACUCACGGAUCUUAAUCUCAUGAACAAUGAGAUAACAUCUCUCAAUGCAGACAUAUUUGAAAAUUUACAAACACUGACCACAAUUAAACUGUCUUACAACAAUCUUCAGACUCUUCCUGAGAAUAUCUUUGAGCCUUUAACCAAACUCAAAAAGAUUUACCUCAAUAACAACCCUUGGCAUUGUGACUGCCAUCUUGUACAUUUAUACCACUGGCUGAAGGAGAAUUCUGGCAAGCUUGGAUCACCUGUAGUAUGUGAGCAUCCAGAAGAUCUCAAUGGCCAGGAAAUUGCAUCAUUGGUGGAGGAUCAAUUGUUUUGCCCCACCAUUCCCACCACGACUACCUUAAUUACCACCACCACCACCACAUCAACUACUACUACAACCACCACACCAACGACGACUCCUCCAACCACAGAGCCAACAACUACCAGUCUUACCUCGACGCCAACCACCACCGUCCCAACCACGACUCCUUCCAUCACCACGGCUUUCAUGGUGACCACAACUCUGCCCACAACCACUAUCCCUACCACAACCUCUAUGAUAACUACAUCCAUGACAACAACUGCACUCACAACAACUACAACCACAACUCUUACAACUACCACAACUGCAAGUACCGCUCCACUGACCACAACUACACCCACGACCACUAAAGCCACCACAACUAUAACAACUACACCCACAACUACUCAAACCACCACAACUAUUACAACAACUACACCAACAACCACUCAAGCCAUCACAACUAUUACAACAACUACACCAACAACCACUCAAGCCACCACAACUAUUACAACAACUACACCAACAACCACUCAAGCCCCCACAACUAUAACAACAACUACACCCAUGACCACUUUAGCAACUACAACCCCCACCACAACAACCAUGCUUACAACAAAAACUACAACACAAAUGACCACAAACCCCACCACCACCUUGACUACAACAUCAACCAACACCCAUAAAACAACGCCACCACCACCAACCACUUCACUGAUCUUCACCUGCCCCAUGCAGCCCUUCCGUCAAGAGGAACCAUCCUCCCUCCCUUACCACUAUGGACAGAAACUUCAGCAGUGCAAAGCUCAGAUGAUGAUCUACACUGCAUUGCUGGUGGUGGAGAUUACUUGUACACUUGCACUGGCAAAAUUUACCUUGUCUCUUUACCGUCUCCUUCAGCGAGGAGAGAGGAUGUACAACAGAGUCAAACUGACGCGCUUCACCUACAAGAGAGAGCUCAUCCUUUGGCCAACAGGAGAAGCAGAAACUGGCAGACUCUAAAAACCAAAACAGGUGUGAGUGUAAUAUGUAAAGAAUAGAGAACAGACUGUAGAGCAGGAAUGUCAAACCUAUGGUCAACGGGUCCAAUCCCUCCUGUGGGCUGAAUUUGAAAAGUGCAAAAAUUACACUGAAGAUACUGCAUUAGCAGCCAAGGGUGUCAAACUCAUUUUAGUUCAGGUGCCACAUGCAGCCCAAUGAGAUCUCAAGUGGGUCAGACCAGUAAAAUAAUAACAUGAUAAUCUAUAAUUAUUUAUCUAUAAGACCCAAAAUUUUUCUUUCAUUUUAGUGUAAAAAAAGGAAAAUUACAUAAAAUGUUUACAUUUAUAAACUAUCCUUUCACAAAAAAUUUAAAUAACCUGAAAAAAUACAAACAACCUAAAAUGUC